AGCCGUUUUUUAUUAUUAUUCCACCCUCCUUAAUUGAUUUGUUUACUUUGACAAGUGAAAUGUGAGGUUAAAAAAUGGACGCUUUAACGCUAGGUUCCCAAAGAUUAAUCCACUUGGACCUGAAAGGGGCCCCUCCGAAGCUCUGCUACUUCGAAAAAUUUUUUCCCCUGAUUAAAGAUUUGGGGGCGACUGGUAUUUUGCUAGAAUGGGAGGAUACGUUCCCGUAUACGCGCGAGUUGCUGCCGAUUGGGGGGCUGUCGAACAGCGCACAGGUCAGUGGGGCCCCGUACACCAUAGAAGAGGCGAGACAGUUGCUUGAUAUGGCCGCAGAUUGCGACUUGACCGUCAUCCCGUUGGUUCAAAUUUUCGGCCACAUGGAGUACGUCCUAAAGCACGAGCAGUGGCGGCACUUGAGGGAAGUUGAGGCCUAUCCCAGCUCCAUGUGCCCGUGCAAUAGCGAGACAAUGGCGCUAGUGCGCAGUUUAUUGAAGCAAAUAAUCACGUUUCAUAACGGCAUUCAAUAUAUUCACAUAGGGGCUGAUGAAGUGUGGUACAUGGGGCUUUGCCCCGCAUGUUCCAAGAGGGUGACCACCGGCAAAUACGCCAAGCCGGGCCUUUAUCUCGAUUACGUAACGGCAGUUGCACAAUACAUCAAAGAAAAUUACCCAAAUUUAAAAAUCAUCAUUUGGGACGAUAUGCUCCGAUCAGUUGAUACGCAAAUUUUGCAAGCCUAUUAUUUGGGGACUUUGGUCGAGCCGAUGAUUUGGCACUACAAUUCGGCCGAAACGUUCAAUUUGGGCGCCCCUUUGUGGGAGAAGUACAGUAACGUAUUCACAAAUAUUUGGGCCGCGUCCGCAUUCAAGGGCGCCACUUCCAGCUGUCAGAUCCUUCCAAUCAAUAAAUUCCACGUGAGCAAUCACGAAGCCUGGCUUUCUGAGCUGGGACAACACGCCGGAAAAAUUUUGAAUUUUAAAGGAAUCGCUUUUACCGGCUGGUCACGCUACGACCAUUACGCGACUCUAUGCGAGUUGUUACCGACAGCAGUGCCAUCUUUGAGUCUUUGUCUUAAGACGUGGCUUAAUGGGGGCUAUAAUCAGGAGUUGCACAAUUCGGUUGGGAAAAUGCUGGGUUAUAACGAAAACACUCCGAAUUUCGGGAGUUCUCUAAGGACGCCAGUGUUGCCAACUUUGAGUUUUCCAGGAUGGCAGGUGUUCGUGGGGCUUGAGUGGUUUGUUAACCUGCGCGGCAAGUACAGGAAUAUUGUGGACAGCGACCAGAUGCACUCGUGGUUUAACCAAUGGCAGGUCUUGAACAACUACACCAAUCCGAUGCAAGUUGACACCAUCCUGCCGGUUAUAACCGACUUGUUGAACGAACUUAUGUCACUCGAAACGUACCUGAAGACGCACCUUGAGCCGAUUUUUUACCAACACACCAUUGAGGAAUUGAUGGGCACGCUGGUCGACCCAAUCAAGAAGCACUUGAAACAAGUGAAGAGCGACUGCGAGACGCAAUUGUCUUUGGGGUGCCGCGUCCGCGGCCAGAGACGAUUGAAUAUUUAAAUUCCCACUAAUUGUGAUACUUAGAUAAGCUCUAUUUUUCUGUAUGUUGUAAGCACUUGCUUCGAAAUAAAGUUUUUAUAUUUU